AUGUACGGCCGCCUCUUUGAACGCUUCGUCUUCCCGCCCGCCGCCGACGGCCGCGCCGUAGACUACGCCUACACCCCGCCCCGCAUCCGCGCCGACGAGAUCGCGACAUACCGCUCCCCGCACGGCUGGCACCUGAAGCCCCCGUUCGCGACGACGCGGCGUAUGCGCUACGACUUUUCCGGCUUUGGGUCCCAGGUGCAACGGAUCGCCGAGGCGCGGCCCGCCAUGAGUGAGGCUGAGCGGCGGGACCUGGGCCGCGACACGAUGCGGAUUCUGUUUGAGCACCUGGCCAGCCGCGUCGUGUUGGCGCUUGGCAACGAGGAGAUGGGGCUCAAAGACGUGCGGACGCUGGUUGUCGCUGGCGGUGUGGCAAGCAAUCGAUAUCUGAUGCAUGUGCUCCGGGCGUUCCUUGACGUGCGGGGCUACGACGGCAUCGAGAUCACGGCGCCGCCUGUUGAGCUGUGUACGGACAAUGCAGCUAUGAUUGCUUGGACCGGUAUGGAGAUGUUUGAGGCUGGUUAUGAGAGCGAGCUGUCGGUACACUCGAUCAAAAAGUGGCCUCUUGAUCCGACGGGCGAUGAUGGGGGCAUCUUGGGUGCGAAAGGGUGGGUAAAGCGGAGUUCAUGA